ACAACAACAAAGACCGACGACAAUGAUAGAAUCAACAUGAUAUAGGUGGUUGCGGCUCUUGCUGCGACUGCCUAGGUACAUAUACCCCUCGUUGUCGGGGUAUCUUGCCAAGCUUCACAAGACAAACGCAGAACAAGCAGACGACAUCAGAGCCCUCUGCGGAUCUGAAAUUUCAAGAUGCCUGCACGCAAGAAAAACAAAAUCCCUGCACCGCAGGAUCCAAAUCCAGAUCCACUGCUCCCACCUCCACCAUCAUUUGGGCGGUCUCAGCGUGGAUUCGAGGAAGAGGUUGCAGAGUAUCCAGAAGUUCAACGCAAUGAGUUCUUGACUACGAGAGCAAUUUAUCCUGAUGAGUUCGAGAGAAUCCGCGGGCGAAAGGAUGCCUGGCAGGUGAAGAGAUCCCCCGGAUUCCUGGUCUUUUCCGAUCUGACACCGCGACAGAAGACAGAAAACUUAGCCUUCCAAGUCAGAAUCGGACCUCUCCAAGACCGUGACUACUUCGCCAAACUGGUCUUUGAGUUUCCACACGACUAUCCAAAGGUUUUGCCAAAAAUCGACAUCGUCGAGGUCCAACCGAAAGAUCCGCAAAUAAGACGGAAAAUCGAACAUAUUACGGCUACGUAUCCACGUCAACAUCAAGGCAGCGAGUCUGUCUACGAGGUCAUCAGCGCCACUAUGGAUUUUCUUACGGAAGUCAGUCUUGACAAGGCUGCCAAGAAAGCGGAGCUCAGCCUUGAGGAAGAGCGUGCUGUCAAAGAAGCGCGUACUAAGAAACAGCUUGAGGAACAAGAAGAAAAUGCUCGAAGACGACAAGCCGAAGAAGCUGAGAAGCAGGGAAUACUGUUGGAAUCCCAGGUCGUAAACGAAAAACAACGCCGUUUGAAAACAACGCUCUCUCGGAAAGUCACUGGCGAAGAGAAUGCAGACCUCUACGACGUCCCCGAAGAUCCUAUCCGAUUCGACCAGUCCAUGACCUCACGAGACAUAGCCACCUCCGCACCUUUCAAAUUCAAAGCCGUCGUCGGAAGAUCAGUCAUCCUGAAGCGGACGGACAAGAAGGUGAUGAUUGUAGCUCCACGAGUUGACACCGACAAAGUACAAGCGCCUCAACUUCUCCUCAAGAUCAUCUAUCUCCCGGAGACUGUUGCACCGAAAGCUCAACUCCAGAAAUGCAUGGAAACCGUCGAACAGGAUCUGGAGUCGUCAAGAGAGCACCGUCAUCCGAACGUCGUCGAGUUGAUCAACUACAAAAUCGAGCAUGUCGACCUUGGCAACGGCGUUGGAGAGUGGAAGCUCGCCAUCUUAUCAGAAUAUGCUGAACAGGGCUCACUAUCUGACCUUCUAGGCAUAGUUGGGGCUCUGAAUGCUGCAAGAAUUCGCUCAUGGGCUCGUCAGCUGGCUGAUGCAUUACUCUUCUUCGACCAACAGGGUUACGUCCAUCCUGCGGUACACACUGGGAAUGUGAUGCUGUUCCGCUCGGCUAGCGGAGGUAUUACGGUCAAGCUGGCCGAUGGUUAUGGCACUCAGCUCCGCGAUCUUGUUUUGGCAGCUCAUAAUUUGUCCGAACCUUCCGACCAAGACCUACCAUUGUGGAUGGCUCCCGAACUCAACUCCAGCAGACCCCAAAGAACGAGCAAGACUUGUAUCUGGGAGCUUGGAGUGAUCAUCCUGCAAAUGGCUGUCGACAAAGAUGUCAAGGAAAUGUACACCUCCCCAGGCCGAGUACUCGCUGAGUGCGACUUCGAGACAAACGUGUGGAGAUUAUUGGAGGAGAUGUUCCAGAUCCAGCCAGAGAGGCGACCAACUGCAUUCGAGCUGACUAGAAAGGCGUUCUUUUUCGAAGAACGUGAGCCGAUAUUUCGAAGUCUUGAUCCAAAUAUGCCUAGCACUCCCAGCCGACGCAGACGGUACAGCGACAGACUUGUUUCACGGUACCACAACGAAUUCGAAGAGGUUGAAAAGAUCGGCAAAGGAGGGUUUGGGAAUGUCUACCGAGCACGCCUGAAACUAGACGGGCAAUUCUACGCAGUCAAGAAGAUCGAAAGCACUUCAGAGAAAGAGCUGGAAGAAAUCCUGGCCGAAGUGACCUUGCUUGCUCGACUAAAUCAUCCUUACAUUGUGAGAUACUACAACUCUUGGGUCGAAAGAGAGGAUGCAGAACACGUUGAGGGCGUGCCUCAGAGACGACUUCCAACUCGAUCGCUGCAACAGGCCCCUGCUGUCAGCACUGGUCACGACUUCAUGGAACCUUCGGUCUAUCGGAAUCAAGGCCCAGAAUAUGAUAGCAGCGACGACGGCAAUCUAUUUGGAUACCAAGAUCCUCCAUCCGUUGACGACCAAGACGGCUACGAUGAGAGCCCGUUCGAUCAAGACCCAGAACCCGAUCGUCAGGAAGUCGAAGAAGAUGAAGACCCUUUUGCAAACCGAAACCCAACAAGCCCAGGGCUAAUGGGCGACACUGACAACCCUUUCGACAGCACUGAAUCUCCAUCAAACUCAGUUGUCCAAGUACGAUCUCGCACUCCGCCAAACCGGAAGUCGACCUUGUACAUUCAAAUGGAAUUGUGCGAAGGAAAGACUCUAUUGAAUCGGCUAAAAGAUGGUCUCUCUGCGGAUGUCAACGCCGUCUGGAGUUUAUUUCGCCGCAUCGUCGAAGGACUUGCCUACGUCCACGCCCAGGGUGUCGUGCACCGCGAUCUCAAACCCGAAAACAUAUUCCUAGACUCUCAUGACAACCCCAAGAUUGGUGACUUUGGACUUGCGACUGCGGGACAGACUGUGUCGAGAUCACAUGUGUCCGCCCCGGGCAUGACCAUUACGAACUCCACCGGCGUCGGCACCAAAGGCUACACUGCUCCUGAACUCUUGAAUCGCGGACACAAAUAUGAUGGUAGAGCCGACAUGUACUCGCUCGGAGUCAUGUUCUUCGAGAUGUGCUACCCCUUGAAAACACAGACCGAGAGAAUCUUCCUUCUUGAAGGCCUGACGAGGGAGCCACCCCAACUGCCGGAAUUUUUCGAUGAAGAAAUCCAUCAAAAACAAGGCGAGAUCAUCACGCGGCUGGUGAAUGUUGAUCAACGGUACAGACCGACCGCAAGAGAGUUGCUGGACAGUGGAAUGAUCCCUGAACCCUUGGAAGAGGUGAAGUUCCAACGUUUUAUCGACCGAUUGGCCGAACAGAGUCCUGAAGGGUACCAAGGUCUAGUCAACAAGCUUUUCCACAAGCCUAAUGACCCCAUAGCUAGCCUGGCGUGGGAAGACCGAUCUGGAGAGAGCAUGGUCUCCGUCGACCCUAUGCUGUGGAUCUCUACCACAGAUCAACUAAAGACCAUCUUCCGGAAACACGGCGCCAUUGAGACACCUAGACAAGGAAUCGUUCCCAAGGCUGGAUUUACCAUCAACCCGGCCGUCUUUCUCGACCCCUCUGGCUUGGUUGUGCAAUUACCCGAAGACCUGACUCACCCGUUCGCUCGCACGCUCGGACAGACUGCAUGCAAUUACUCCAAGACCUAUUGCUUCGGAUUCGUCUAUCGUGCUACCGGACCCGGGAAUCAACCCCGACAAGUUCCAGAAGUGGACUUUGAUUUCGUUUCUCAUAGCGCCAGGGAUUUGUCUCUCAAGGAGGCCGAAACCAUCAAGGUCUUGGACGAAAUCCUGCAUGAAUUUCCAGCUCUGGCUGCUCGUGAAUGGAUCAUCUACAUCACUCACGCCGACCUGCUCGACCUCGUCCUCGACUACUGCCGCAUCAAGCCAAAUGACGUUCCCAAAGUCAAGCAGGCUUUGUCAUACCUGUCCACCAGCGAUGGCAACUGGGAAAAGGUGCGCGAACGCCUCCGCAGCACGGCGAUCAACGUUGCAGAGACCUGUGUGACUGACCUGUCACGAUUCAAUGUCGUUGGCGACCUCGACCGAGUGCGGACCAAGUUCAUGCAGCUAUUUGGACACGGCGACCAUCUCAACCAGGCUCUAUCCCUUUUUGCGCGCCUCGACGAGCUUGUGCAUCUACUCAAGCAGAUGAACGUACAGACGCAGGUCCUUGUCGCUCCGCUUCGAAACAACAGCGAGCACCUCUACCGCGGUAGUCUGCUCUUCCAAUGCAUGGAGAAGGUCCACCGAAAGCUGUUGGCCGUGGGUGGCCGGUACGACGCACUCAUCCAAGAAUACCAGACCAAGUCUGACAAGGGCUCGACUCGCGCUGUCGGCUUCCGCCUCAAUAUACUGGACUUGAUCGCCUACGUUCGGGGCCAAGCGAAGGGCCACCAGAAAGCUGGCAGACACGCCGGCGCGGCCGAGACCAAGCCGUUGCCGAGGUACGGUGACAUCCUGGUCACCAGCUUCGAUCCAAGCACGCUGAGAAGCGCGUGCGUGGAGGUGGUGUCGUCGUUGUGGGCUGCCGGCCUCAGUGCCGAGCUGUCAGAGGAGUUCCGCUCCCUCGAGGAGCUGGAAAGAGCUUACCGGGGCGAGAAUGCCAACUACUGGUUGGUCAUAGUGAGGGGAGGGGCUGGGGAGAGAGGGUUGAAGGUGAGAAGCCCCUCCCGCUCAGAGUACGAGGUCAAGCCGGUGGAGUUGGUGGGCUUUUUGCGCCUAAACAUGGCGAAGAUCAAGUAGUUUUGCAUUGUGUAUUUCGAAUGAAAAAGUGCUCUUUUCAUCGCUCUGUUGUUUUGUUGUUG